AAACUCAUACUCUAGUCCGGCCACACAGAACACCGUGUGUUUACUCUACCAUCAGUCACCGAGCCGGACACAUCUCUCCGAAAAUUCGAAGCGUCAACACGAUGGCUUUCUCGAUCGAAGUUUUGCAAUGCAAGUCCAAGCUGAACAAUUUGAAGACGAGCAAGUUCGUGAAGAAGACCUUCUACCCGGAGAUGAUGCCCCGCGAGAACGAGCCAGUCCUCCUGAAGACGACUCACAAUCUGAAGAACGCUGUGCUAUCGGCCAUCACCAAAGUCAGACAAGCCAUGGGCCAGAGUGUUGACGCGCAGCGCAUCAACGAGGCGGACAUCGUCGAUUUCGAGAGCGUCGUCGCCAGCGAGGAUACCAAUUCUGAUGGGUUCAUUGAAGUCAACCUUACGAAACAGACGGGCGAACGCUCUGAAGAAACAGAAGAAAACCAAAAAAAUUAUUAGUUGCGUUCUGCGUAUAUAGCUGAAGAGGAGUCAACGAUAAUACCUCAUUUUUACCGUAACGUUCAGCUACCUCUGAAAAUCGUUACCACCGAGUAUUUUUAUUAUUUUAUAUAAAAUAAGCUUUAUAGUAUUAUUAUAUCCACGAAAAGCACAAAUGAUUCAAGUAUUCUCUAGUAGUAUAUUUUCAAUUUCACUUUUAUUAUGUAUCACUAUUUGUGUAUAGAUGCUAUAUCAAUCAUGUUUGGUAUUAUAUACAGUUAUGAAUGUUUGAAGUCACGAUGAUGGCUUUUGUGAUCAUUUAAUGUGUAUUAUUAUUGUACGAUUUACAUUUUAAUGUUCAUGCUGUACCAUUGCUUUUAUUUUACAAGAAAUAUUUUAUUAUAUCUAUAUGUUGUGAUCAAUCGAUGUGAAGAAAUAUAUUUGCAAAUCUGCGUA